AGAAUUCGACAUCUACACUUUGUACUGCAUGAACUACCCCAACUCUGUCUCCGUGCUCCGGCAGUGCAUGGAGGAUGAAUCACUGGCCAAGUUCUUCCGGGAGAGGCAGGCCACUCUCUCGCACUCGCUGCCUCUGGAGACGUAUCUCCUCAAGCCGGUCCAGCGAAUUCUGAAGUACCAUCUGCUGCUGCAGGAACUAGCCAAACAUUAUGACAAGAGCAGUCCUGGCUACGACUCGGUGGAAGAGGCUAGCAUCACCAUGACAGCUGUGGCUUGGUACAUCAACGACAUGAAGCGGAAACAGGAACAUGCCAGUCGGCUGCAGGAGAUCCAGGGCCUGCUGGCUGGCUGGACGGGUCCGGAGUUGGGGGCCUUUGGGGAGCUGAUCCUGGAGGGUCAGUUCCGGGUGCCCCGGGCCCGCAAAGAGAGGGUCUUCUUCCUUCUCAGCAAAGUCCUGCUCAUCGCCAAGCGGCGCGGAGAGACCCUCGUCUACAAGAGCCACAUCUUUUGCUGCAACCUGGCGCUGCAGGAGAACACCAAGGACCCCCUGAGCUUCAAAAUCUCGGACCUUUCCAUCCCCAAACAGCAACACACCAUCCAGGUGAGGAACCAGGAAGAGAAGCGACUCUGGAUUCAUUACCUGAAACGUUUGAUAGUGGAAAAUCACCCGGCGUCCAUUCCCCAGAAGGCCAAGCAGGUCCUCUUGGAGAACAGCUUUCAGGGGUCCCCAGACGUGGUUUUCAGCCCCGAGACCCCCAAGAAGCCCCUGCCUUCUCCUCCACUGGACGAGUCCAGGGCCAGCCUUCGUGGCCGGCGGCAAUCAGAGCCUCCAGAGUCCAUGUACAGUCCCGAGAGAAUCCGGCGGAGCUGUCCCAUUUUACAGCUGGAGAAAAGCGGCUCUUAUCGCCGGGGCCGCAGGCAGUCAGAGCCAGCCAAGGAAUCUCAGGUCCUAUUUCAUCCAGCGAAUGGAGCCAGGUUAAAGCACGCGGACAGUGAGGGAGACCUCUUCCCGGCCAGCGAGCCCCUCCUCUCCUCCAGCAGCUCGUGCACGCUGGCCUCGGCCAAACCAGAGGAGGAAGCCGAACCCUCGGAUCUGGAAGCGGAAGAGGCCGAAUUCUCCCUGGCACAAGACCCGCUCACCACGAACCUCUCCAUCACCGAGGAGAUCCUGGAGCUGCUUAGCCAGCGGGGCCUGGACAAGGAAACUGGGAAGGAAGGGAGGUUUUGGAGAGAAAGUAGCUCGGAAGCCCCCGGCUCGGCUCGGCAGGACCCCCCCUCGCCCAAGGAUGGCGGAGAAGAUCGGCAGGACAAAAUGGAGGAAGAGGAGGAGAACGGGGUCUUCCGGGAGGAGGCCCCCUCCCUCCCUCCCCAAGGGAGCCCCCUCCAAGGGCAGCUCCUGCCAAAGCUCCCCCACCCCUUUGGCAGUGACUCUUCCGAAGAAGAAGAUCUCCACCGACCGCAGGAAUCCGCCGGUCCCUCCCCGCUACACGUCCUGGAAGAUCUCCCCUCGGAGGAGGCCAGCAGCUCGGCCUCCAUGCGGCAGGAGGCCUCCCAGGAGGAAAGGCAGGCCCCUGGCUCUUCGGCCAGGCCUCAUUCCUGCCCCAUAACCUCCACGGGCGGCCUCGGGGGCGAGGAGCAAAGCACAGAGGUGGACCCCAAGCCCCCCAGGGACGACUGGGUCCUGCUGGAGAAGAUCCAGAGCUACUGCCCGAGCAUGGAAGGGGGCAAGAAGGAGCCACAGGUCUCCAAGGAAGAGGGCGGCCCCCCUCCAGUUCCCGCCGGGGUGGUGCGAGAAUCCGUCCUGCGGUUCAACAGCAUCUGGAAGCAGCCGGAGGCUCCAGGAGGGGAAGAGGGAGGAGCCCAGCUGAGGAGGCUCCGCCCUCGGUCUGGCCAGCUAAGCCGCAGCCGGAGUCAGUCCUGCAACAGCCAACCUCUGUCCGUCCCCAAAACCCACUCCGGACGAAGCCGGGCGCUCACCACCAUCGAGCGGCACCAUUCGGAUGUGGGUCCCCAGGGGCAGGGGGCGGAGAAGGGGGCUCCCUCCGAGGCUGGCCCUGAAGCUUCGGGGAGAGAAGGAAAGCAGCGGGAGCCGAGCGACGGGUCGGAGGAGCCUGGGUUCCGAUCCUGGGCGGAGAUCCGGCGGGUUUGGCAGGAGAAGGAGCGGAGCGCCAAGGACGGCCCCAAGAAGGGGGCCGCGGGGGUCAGGCGCAGAGUCGUCUGCUCCCCCGAUCGGCCGGCCUACGCGGAGCCCCUCUGCAUCGUGGAGGAUUCGGAUUUGGAGGAGCCUCUCCGGGGUGCCGGCAAGGGGCAGCCGAGGGACGGGUGGGUGAAGGAGGGGCUGCCUGCCUCAGCAGACUUCCUGCCGGCCCUGGGCCUCUACCAGAGCGGCGGGGAGCCCUGCCUCCUGGAGACCUCCGAGCGCAUCAUCAGCAAGGUCCAGGCCCUGGCCAGGAUGUACAGCGAGAAGAUCAACCGGCUGAAAUCCCAGAAGUGGACCUUGGAGAGGCCCGGCGGGCGGCCCCGGGGGGCCCCCCACCAGAAGGCCCUGGGCAGGGGGCCGAGAGCCCUGCAGGAGAGCCGGCCAGGAGGAAGCCUCCCCCAGUGUGAGCCCCAAAUCUAUGGCCACGUGCUGAUCCACGAGUCCCUCCCGCAUGUGGUUGGCAUCCAGGAAACCACGCCUUUGGUGGCCGCCACGCGUGAAACAGCCGUGGUGCUGCACAGUGACAGACCCUGCUGGCUCCUGUCUCCGGAGAUCCUGGCCUCGCUGCACCACGACUGGCACGAACCGCGGCUCCUUCCGAGGGUCCCCAUGGCAGGAACGGAGACGCUCACGGCCCCCACCAAGGGGGGAGGAGGAGGAGGAGGGGCGGAGGGCCCUUCCCCCGCCCUGGACCCUAUCCCACAGAAGGGCCCCCCUGCGUCUCCCCAGGCGUCACCCCGGAUGGAGCAUGGAGAGAAGAGCAGCCACGGAAAGCCACACCCCCGUGAGCCGGGCUGGCAUGGGGAGGGGGGCAGUCGGCCUUCGGAGCCCAGGCUGCCCCCCAAGAUUUCUGUGGGCGCAGAGCAGGCCAGCCCGGCCCUCCAACUGCAGCAGUGUCUCAGGGACCACCAAUCGGACAAUGUCUCCGUCUCUUGGGAGCCCCCCAAGGCCAGGACCCCCGGCUGCCCCCUUUUCUGCCUGCCGGAGGGGCCCGUGGCCCCAGGACCGGGAAAGGGCCACUCCCCACCGAGCACUGGAGGGAGAAGCCCUUCGGCCUUCGCUUUGCCGGAGAGGAAGGGACCAGACCGAGAGGCAGCAGGGCCCAGCCAGGAAGCCUCCGGGACACUGCCUGGGGGGCUCCGCCAGGGACCCCCAAACCCUUCUGCCGCUCCUGAAGCCACCCAGGCCACCCAGCCCCUGCCGCUCGACUCUUCCACGGAGGGGCCGCCCUGCCCACCCCAGGAACCCCUUCCUGCUGCCCCUCCUGAAUUCCCGGCCGGGGUGGAGUCCCCCGUGUGCCUGGCGGUGCAAUGCCCACGGGUGCCCCUGCCCCAAUGCCUGCCCUCCUCCCCCGUCCGCCGGUGCCUCUCCUCCAGCGCGGCUGCCAUCUCCAGGUACAUUGCCGCCUCCUGCAUCUCCCAAAGUCUGGCCAAGAGGAAUGGCGUCCCUGCCCCCGAGGACCCCCGGGGCCCCUGGCUGCCAGCCGACCCCCUGGCUUCCCUCCCCAAGGCGGCACCCAAGCGCCAUCGGAACCCGGGAAGGCCAGAGGCGGUGGCUGUCCCCUCCUCCUCCUCCUCCUCCUCCUCUCAGUGCAUCGUCCCUGGGCCCCCCUCCCCCUCCCCAUGCAGGCCCCCUUUGUCGGGCCCCCCGGCUCUUGAGCGCUGCCCCCCCUUCUCCUCGGCCUCGGCCCCCAACUCUCGUGUGCAGUCCCCCGUGAGGCCCAGGAUGUGCUCGCCCCCUCCGGGAGGCCCCCACCCCUCCUGCACUUUCAGGCCUCUGGGGGCCCACCCCCAGAGGCAGCCCCCCAACCCCGUGGCCCACCCGGAGCCCUGGGCGCCAGGCCUCUCCUGCCCCACGGCCUGCGCGAAAGCCCAAAGGACCCUCCUGCCCUCCGGAGAGCCAGCCCCCAACGGGGGGCACCAGGAAUCCUCCGGCUCUGAGGCCUCACCUGGAAGCGGUGGGCCUCCCUCCCACGAACUGGGCAGCAUCCGGUGGCCCAACGUGCCGAACCUGUGCUUGAAAUACGUCAAGCAAGAGGGGUGGCCAGGCAGCUCCCCAAGACUGCAGCUGGAGAUGGGGGAGCACUGCCCCAAACGGGGAGCCCCCCUGAGCCCGGACACGGCUCGGUUCCCUGAGAAGGGUCCUCCGAAGGCCAGCUACUCCACCACCGUCAACAUCCAGAUCGGGGGCAGCGGUCGGAUCUCCUCAUUCAGUAACGCUCAGGUCAGCCUGAUGCAUCCCCUCUCGGCCACGCUGGAGCAGCGAAGGGUCAACGGCGGGGGGGCCGAGGCGUCCCCAAAACCGGACACCUGAAACCGUGAGGCUGGGCGUGCCAGCGGAGCCCAACGUCCUGAUCGUGCUGGCUGGGGCCGGCCCUGCCCAGGCCGCCCACGAGGAGGGCGCAGGGGGCAGGCGGUUGGCAGCCAAGAGAUUGUUUUCUGGGCACUGAGCAGGCAGCCGAAGCUCCUGAGAUCUUGCCUCCUUCCUCCUCGUCAGAUCGAGCCUCCGUGGGUCUCGGCGCCUUGGGAGGGAGAACCAGCAGGCCUGGAAGGGACCAAACUGGUGGACGGAGGAAGGCUGGGCGAGGGUUAAGCCAAUGAAACCCUCUUGGGAAGCGGGAAGGUUGCGGGGGGGGGGGGGGGGAAUUCUCCCUUGUGUCGCUUCCCUUUUUACUGGUUCCAAAUCCUUUGGAAAAGAGACAA